AUGUCCAAAGUCUUCUUCGAUUUAACCGCCAACGGCGCUCCAAAAGGUAGAGUCGUUUUCCAGCUUUUCGACGAUGUCGUUCCCAAAACAGCCGAAAAUUUCAGAGCCUUGGCCACUGGCGAAAAAGGUGUUUCCCAGCUGGGCCAUAAACUCACCUACAAAGGCUCUGGCUUCCACCGUGUCAUCAAAAACUUCAUGUGUCAAGGUGGUGACUUCACCAAUGGCGACGGUACGGGUGGAGAGUCCAUCUACGGCGAGAAGUUCGAGGACGAGAACUUCCAGUUGCAGCACGACAGGCCAUUCCUUCUUUCCAUGGCCAACGCUGGUCCAGGCACCAACGGGUCUCAAUUCUUCAUCACCACCACUCCUACGCCACACUUGAACGGUAAGCACGUUGUGUUUGGUGAGGUUAUUCAGGGUAAGUCUAUAGUGAGACAGUUGGAGAGAUGUGAGAAGGGCGAGAACGAUAAGCCUAAGGAGGACUGGGUCAUUGCUGACAGUGGCGAGCUUCCUAAGGAUUAUGUUCCUGAAAAGCAGGUGGUUGCUGACGACGGCACUGGCGAUGUGUAUGAGGCUGUGUUGGCUGACGACGAUAAGGUCGAUGUGAACAAGCCAGAGACUGUGUUUGAGGCAGUGAAGUUUUUGAAGGAUUUGGGUACUAAGUUGCUUAAGGAGGGCCGUGUCGAUAAGGCUUACGCUAAGUAUAUCAAGGGCACAGAGUACCUCUCUGACUUCUUCCCUGAGGAUAUGAGCCAGGAGCAGAUCGACGAGAAGAACAGCUUGAACGUGUCGUUGUUCCUUAAUGCAUCUUUGGCUGCUAUCAAGGACAGGAAGGGUAAAGACGCCGUCAAGGCUGCUGAGCAGGCAUUGCAGUUUGAGGGUAUCACCGAUGCACUUCUGGCCAAGGCCUGGUACAGAAAGGGCCAGGGCUACCUUUUGGCGAAGGAUGAAGAUAACGCCCAGGAUGCAUUCAACGCUGCGCUCCACUUGUCUCCCGGCGAUGCUGCCAUUUUGAAGGGUUUGGAAGACGUGAAGGAAUUGGCUCGUGUGAGAAAGGAGAAGCAGAAGAAGGCUAUGUCGAAGUUCUUUGCCUAA